AUGCCGUUUCAUCUGCCGUUCUCGUUCCGCAAGGGCGGGUCGAAGCCUGUAGGCAAUGAGCAUGGCUAUGCCAUGGUCGGCUACUUCCCGAACUGGUCGAUCUACCAAAAAGGGUACAAGCCGCAUCAUGUACCGAUUGAGCAGCUUUCGCAUGUAUUGUAUGCGUUUGCGAAUGUCAACCCCGACGAUGGGACGGUGUAUCUUUCUGAUCCGUGGGCAGAUGAGCAGAUUCAGUAUGAAGGGGAUGAUGCACACCAGGGUCAUGCCCUGUAUGGCAACCUGCAUCAGUUCUUGCGUUUCAAGAAGCAGCAUCGUCACUUGAAGCUGCUUCUCUCGGUCGGUGGCUGGUCGUAUUCCGCCAACUUCCGUGGCAUGCAAAGUGCAGAGAAGCGUUUGAACUUUGCGCAGUCGUGUGUCAAGAUCCUAGCCAACUAUGGCCUUGAUGGCAUUGAUAUCGAUUGGGAGUACCCAUCCACGCGGGUUGAGGCGGAGGCGUAUGUGAAGCUCCUUGACGUUGUACGGAAGGACUUGGAUAUGUAUGGUGAGCGCGCUACGCCUGAUGCUCCUCACUACCUGCUCACAGUCGCCGCGCCAUGUUCCCCGCAGCAGUACGAGCUCCUUGACCUGGCUGGCAUGGAUCGGUUCUUGGACUUUUGGAACUUGAUGGCGUACGAUUUCAGCGGCAGUUGGGAUCAGGUGGCGAAUCACCAAGCCAAUCUCUAUGGGGGAGCGAUCUCUGUGUCGAAAGCGGUGGACGACUACCAACGUGCUGGCGUCCCGAGCAACAAGCUGGUCCUGGGUAUUCCGCUGUACGGCCGUGGCUUUGACGGUACCAAAGGUCCUGGCCAGCCGUACCAGAAAGUGAGUGACGUGGAAGGCGGUGUGUUUCUGUACAAGGCCUUGCCUCUGCAUGGCGCUGAGGAGCAGUUCAGCGAGCGCGAAGGUGCGUCGUGGUCGUACAAUGGCCACCAAUUUAUUUCGUACGACUCCCCCCAGGCCACAAAAGCCAAAGCGGCGUUCAUCCAGCAAAAGCAGUUGCGAGGUGCCAUGUUCUGGGAAAUGAGCGGCGACCAUCCCACAAGCCAUGAACGUUCGCUGAUCCGGUGCAUGGCGUCUGAGCUCCAUACGUUGGAUUCGUCGCCGAACCACACGUCGUACCCGGAGAGUGUCUUUGACAACGUGCGUCAUUCCUAA